AUGGCUCAAAAUACCUUAUCUGUUUACUAUCAAAACUGUGGAGGCAUCAAGAGUAAAAUAGAUAAACUCAAAAAUAGUAUUCUUCUUAGCAACUUUGAUGUUAUUGUUCUGGUUGAGACUUGGUUGGUGGAUUCUGUGUUUGAUGGAGAGUUGCAUUCGGGUGGUUAUGAUGUAUUUCGACGGGACAGAAACCUCCAAUUCUCUCGUAAAAAAGGUGGCGGUGGAGUUUUAGUUAUGGUGAAAAAAGGAAUUAAAUCUAUCAGAUUGACUGAGUUUGAAGCCCCGGAUUUGGAGGAAAUAUACAUUCACUUGCCAUCUCAUGCUGGUCUCCUCCUGACUGCUUGUUACUUUUCUCCCGUUACUCAUACCUCUGCAUACUUAAAAUUCUUUCAAAAACUGCAUGACAUACACGCUAGCGCUCGAUUUUCUAAUUACAUAAUUACAGGUGACUUUAAUUUACCUUAUCUCAUCUGGUCAUCCUCUCCAGAUACCCUACUACAAUCUGCAAAUACUGAGUCAUCGAAAUUGUUGUUGCAUACCAUGUCUUUUAUGAAUUUAAAACAAAAUAAUGUUAUCCACAACAACAAUGGGCGGCUCCUGGACCUAGUCCUAACAACACUUCCCGGGCGUGUUGAUUUCUCUGAUGAUCCUUUACUUGGUCCUGUUCCUCAUCACCCGCCUUUAGAUAUUCUUAGUACUGUUAAUAGGUUAACUGUCAUGACAUCAGCUACUUUCAAUCAAAGAAAUUUCUUUAAUGCAGAUUAUGACUUAAUAAAUAAUGCUAUCGAUAAGGUCGAUUGGGUGACAUUACUAGCCACGUCCCAUUCUGAGGAUGCUGUUACCGUCUUCUACUCAAAAAUAAAUGCAAUUAUUGCUGCUUGCGUGCCAUUCUCUAAACCUAAAUCCCGUAAGUAUCCAGUUUGGUUUAGCAGAGGGCUGAUUAGAGCUCUUAAUCGUAAGAAGAAACUCUGGUGUCGCUGGAAGACCUACAAAGGCUUACUCGACUAUCAAGAGUUUUCUUUAUUAAGAGGACGUGUUAAAAAUCUUAUGAAACUUUGUUAUAAUCGCUAUAUAGAAAGGAUUGAACAAUCGCUUAAAUCUAAUAUCAAACAUUUUUGGAAAUACACGUCCACUCUAAAACAAAGUAAUUUAGGUUACCCUAAACUAAUGAAGUAUGGCAGCAUUUCAUCCGACGAUCCCAAACAAAUAGUUGAGUUAUUUUCAAAUUAUUUUCAGUCAGUAUUUGAACCUCAAACUCACUCGGAUGGAGACGCUGUGACAGUUGAAGAGAGCCUUUCCAGUGACUCUCAGAUCCUUGUGCAUAACUUGUAUUUCGAUGUAGACGAGAUCAGCAAGGAACUAUAUUUGCUUGAUCCGAGUAAAGAUUAUAUUCAAUAAGUGUAUGUCCAGUGGCACUUUUCCUGAUUGCUGGAAAUUAU